GCGCAGCGCCCAAUCGAGAGCAGCGCUGAGCAGAUCGAGCUAUAGGGCUUUGGAGCGCUUCGCUUUGCACAGUCGAGUGAACUGGUGAGGAACGAAACAGUACACUACAGUAGAAAAAUAGUGGGGGAGACGAGAGUAAACAACCACCUUAGACGCACACAACCAUACCCUUAUACGGCAGCCGAUAUAUUAUCUUUGAGUCGCCUGCAGCGCAGAAAGAGCACUCGUAUUUUGAGAAGAAUUUGGCUACAUACCGCGCAGGAGGAUCAAAUCAAGCAAAGGAGCAGCCGUGAGAGAAGCACGAGAUACGGAGACAUGGCUGUGACAACCUGUACACGAUUCACGGACGAAUUUCAGCUAUAUGAAGAGCUGGGAAAGGGAGCCUUUUCAGUGGUGCGCAGAUGUGUCAAGCUGUGUACUGGACAGGAAUAUGCCGCCAAAAUAAUCAACACCAAAAAGCUAUCUGCAAGAGAUCACCAGAAGCUAGAGAGAGAGGCCCGUAUUUGUCGCCUGCUCAAGCACUCCAACAUAGUACCAUGGCGACGGAAGGCUCAGGUUCCUGGGUCUGGCCUCGUUCGUCUUCAUGACAGUAUAUCAGAGGAAGGCUUCCACUAUCUCCUAUUUGACUUGGUGACUGGAGGGGAGCUGUUCGAGGACAUCGUAGCCAGAGAGUACUACAGUGAGGCUGAUGCCAGUCACUGUAUCACUCAGAUUCUAGACAGUGUUCAUCACAUUCACCAACAUGACAUAGUGCACAGGGACCUGAAGCCAGAGAACCUGCUCCUGGCCAGCAAAUGCAAGAAUGCUGCCGUCAAGCUGGCUGACUUUGGCCUGGCCAUCGAGGUACAGGGGGAUCAGCAAGCCUGGUUUGGAUUUGCUGGCACACCGGGAUACCUGUCCCCUGAGGUUCUGAGAAAGGAGGCAUAUGGCAAACCUGUGGACAUCUGGGCCUGCGGGGUGAUUCUGUAUAUCCUGCUGGUGGGCUACCCUCCCUUCUGGGACGAGGACCAGCACAAACUGUACCAACAAAUAAAAGCAGGGGCAUACGAUUUUCCCUCCCCAGAGUGGGACACAGUCACUCCAGAGGCUAAGAACCUGAUUAACCAGAUGUUGACCAUUAACCCUGCCAAGAGGAUCACCGCCCAGGAGGCCCUCAAACACCCAUGGGUCUGCCAACGUUCUACAGUGGCAUCCAUGAUGCACAGGCAGGAGACCGUGGAGUGCCUGAAGAAAUUCAAUGCCAGGAGGAAACUCAAGGGGGCCGUGCUCACGGCUAUGCUGGUUUCACGGAACUUCUCUGUCGGCUGUCGCUCCACCGCUCCAAUCAGUAUCACUGCCGCUGCGGCAGCUGCAUCCGCGGCAGCGGGCUCCACCACUGGGCUGGUGGAACAAGCAGCCAAAAGUUUGCUCAACAAGAAGGCAGAUGUCAAGGAACGUAGGUCCAGCUCCGCUGCGCGGCACAUGCCCCAGACACCACAGACAAACAGCACCAAAAACAGCAUAGUCACCAGCCCUAAAGGAAACGUCCCUACUCCUGUUCUGGAGCCUCAGACCACUGUUAUCCAUAAUCCAGUGGAUGGGACUAAGGAAUCAUCUGACAGCAGCAACACGGUGGAGGACGAAGAUGUCAAAGGGAAGAGUAUAGACAGUUCAGUAAAGACCGCGUCCCAGCCUGACACCUUUGCCCCACAGCCCCAGGUCUCCUCGCCCGCUGUGUACUCCACCAAGCUGUCAGACCUGUUUGGCGUUGUACGCAAGGCAUCAGGGCCCAUGUCUGACGGGGAAGGGGCCACCAGCACACCUCCACCCCCUCCAGCCAACCCCUCUGUCGCCGCCUCCCCACCCAUGGCUCACACCCCCAUGCAGCUGUCCCGUCUUUCAGACCUAGUGAGCAAUGUUCGCCGGUCGCCUGCCCCAGCCCCUCUCCCCGCCAAACCUGCGCCCCCCGAGGUAGAGGUGGCACCAGCCCCCAGGCCCACCCACCCCUCAUCACACCCCACCUCCCCUCCCUCCAUGUCCCCCUCCAGCCUCUCCCUCACCUCUCAGACACGCAAACAAGAGAUCAUCAAGAUCACUGAACAGCUGAUUGAGGCUGUCAACAAUGGAGACUUCGAGGCAUACGCUAAGAUCUGUGAUCCUGGCCUGACCUCCUUUGAACCUGAGGCCCUGGGCAACCUGGUGGAAGGAAUGGACUUCCACAGAUUCUACUUUGAGAACCUCCUGUCUAAGAACAGUAAGCCUAUCCACACCACAAUCCUGAAUCCCCACGUCCACCUGAUUGGAGAGGACGCUGCCUGCAUCGCCUACAUCCGCCUCACCCAAUUCGUUGAUGGCCAGGGCCAUCCACGCUCCAGCCAAUCAGAGGAGACUAGGGUAUGGCACCGCCGGGAGUCCAAGUGGCAGAAUGUUCACUUCCACUGCUCGGGUGCGCCUGCCGCGCCACUCCAGUGAGGAGUAGAAUGCCAUAGCCACAUCUAACAAGAGUGCUCUGCUGGAGAGGGAUAGAGGGAGAGCAAGUCCAGUGUCGGGUGGCUCUGAGUCCGCAGCGCCAGAUACCUAGCAUGCAUCUCUUCUUUACGACCACCUAUCGCCACCCGCCACUGUAUCCACUGACAACCAUCUCAACAACCAACCAACCAUCCGACAACAAUCUAUUGUUUUUUUCCAACAACAACCCCCUUCUCCCCCUCAAGCCCAAACUUUGGACAAUUCACGUUUUGCCCCUUUUCUCCAACCCCAACCCCUCCAACCCAACCACUGCCACACCUAUGGCCAAUAUUGGGCUGUGGGUAGGGAGUGUUUCGAGGGGUAUGAUGGGGGGGUGUUGGGGUGUUUUCUUGGCCUCAUUGUGCAUUUUGAUUCUUCGUCUUAUGUCACACGAUGUUCCCUCUUCUUCGUCUUGUGAAUCUUCACUUGUGUUGCGUAACACUACACAGGAAAUAUAGUAUGUAAAGUUUUAAGUAAAAUCUAUUAUUAUUAUGAUUAUUACUAUUACACAAUUGAAAUUGUAUAUGUAAUUUGUAUAAUUCAAAUGAUUGAUGCCAGUGGUUUCUAGAGUUGAAGGAAAUCUUUUGUUUUCUCUAUCUUUUUAAGGAAGCAUGUUGUUUUUCAGUAUUCACAGUGGCUGUUUUCUAUUGUGGCUUUUAAGUGACAAAAUGGUAUUGGUAGUUUUUGUAUAAGCUUCUUGUAUUUAAUCUAUUCUAUUAUACUAGACCAAAGCUCAUGUUUAAGAAAAAUAACUUUUGGGAGAAGGGGGGGUGUUAGACGUGGUGUGGAGGAAGCGAGUGUGUGAAUGUUAGAAAUGUGUGUGUGUUUCUGUGUGUGUGUGUGUGUGUGUGUGUAUGUGUGUGUGGAACCAAGUACAUGGGAGUAUUAGUCCAUAGGUGGCCGGUUUUAUCAACUGGUUUGAAUUUUCAGCUUUGUAAUGUGAAUAGCUGGAAAUGGGGUUGGCUUGGUUUGGUGUCUUCCGUCGUCCGGUCACAAUCAACUGUACGAAACGAGAUUCAACAGUAACAGAGGCUUUUAUUGUAUUUCACACUAAUCAUGUUUUUGCCUUUUUUGUGUUUAUUAUUAUUAACAUAUCUCAGAGGAUAGACCUACCGGUUCUCUCUUACUCUCUGGUGUUGGCCGUUGGUGUGUGGGAAGGCUCUGUGAUCCCCAGUGCUCCCGGUGGUUCGAUUAGACAUUGCAGUACACUGCACUGCACCUCCUGCACUGCACUGCACAAACUGCAAAUGAGGCCUCUAUAGAAUUUUACAGCCGCUAUAGAAAAAGUGAAUAAACAAUACCACAGCAGUAUUAUGCUAUAGUGUCCAUACAUAUCAGCUUCACUACUUAUUAUUCAACAUCUUAAAACAGUUUUGCAGUCUCUUUAAAACAGUACAGUACCUAUAACACCUCUGACAUCUCAUCUUUCUGUACAGGGAUGCUUUUUGAACCUUUGGUGAGCAGAGAUGAAGCCUUACACACUUAAAUCCUUACUGCGUCCCCAAGGUGCAACUGUCCUUUCUCUCACACGUCAACCAAGCCAGUUGCACUCUGAACCUAUAUAAAAUCUGGAAACUACUGAGGUCCUGCGUUGCAUAGAGCCGUGCCUAGGGCUCCAUGCCUGUUUAAUAUGUUUAGUGGGGUUUAAUGGAGAGCUAACAGGGCAGGCUGUUGGAUUGGAGAGAUGUGGGCCUGUGCAGUCUGCGGGUAGCAGGUGUUUUAGUGGUGAGGUCAAGUAAAUGUGUGGGUGUUUACUUUGCGUACACCUUGUCCCUCUGUCCUGUGGUCUCUAGUUGUUGCUGCUCAUUUCAGAGUGGAAGAAUGUGACUGAGGGCUCAGGGUAUCCAGAAGACUGUGUGUAUAAGGGAAUAGCUCCUGUGUUGGUUUUCCACUUGAUGGAGAUUUUAGAGGAGAGGAGAGAGGCUUUAUUUCAGCAGUCCUAUCAGUCCUCUACCUUCAGUCCACAACUUACUUUUGUUAUGAUUUUUAUGUAUAUUACAUUUUCACAUUUGUAAUAUCAUCUUUCAUCAUCAUUCAUUGACUUGUGUUACUAUUGCAUGUUAUUGACUAGUGUUACUACUCAUUGUGUUUUUUUGCCAGUGUGAGAUGGACAGAUGUAUUUACAUGUUUUAGGAAGAGAUGGCUUCACACACCCAUGUAUAUGUAUAUGAAGAAAAAUCAGCUCUGGAGUGUUAGGUAAUGUUGCAGGCCGACUAUAUCACAGUCGUUGCAUUUCAUCAACAAAUGGUUUGCGUGUCACAUCGUGGACUGUGCAGUCGGGUAUCCGGUUACUAUAAUAUAUUAUAGGAUGGGGUUAUCUGAUAUGUUAAAUACCUAUCCAGACGUUGUGAGAUCUGUCAGGUGUCUGCAACAUAUAGUCAGCCAGGAAGUUGAUCGAAGUUUCACAUUUUGGAUCUAAGUGAGUGGUUUUUUGCCAUUCUACCACCACAGUUGUUAUGCCUGCCUGUGAUUGGCUGCCUUUGGAAGUGUCUCAUUAUUAUUGGCCUGACAAUUUUGACCAUCUCAAUGAAUAGUGAGGUGGUCAGCCGGUUGGUUAGUCCUCAGGUUAAUAUUUAUUUUAUUAUUUAUUUAUUUAUUUUAUUGGUCAGUUAUGUGCUUUUUCUUCAAUGUUUUAUUUUGUUUUUCCCUCGAUAUACAGCUCACGUAAAUGUUAAAUUACUCUCUUGUGGCAUUGUGAUUUGGGGCGGCAGGUAGCCUAGUGGUUAGAGGUGGGUUGAAUCCCCGAGCUGACAAGUCAUUCUGCCCCUGAACAAGGCAGUUAACCCACUGUUCCCCGGUUGGCCGUCAUUGUAAAUAAGAAUUUGUUCUUAAUUAACUGACUUGCCUAAAUAAAGGUUGCAUUUUUUUUAAAUGUAGAGGUCCUCUUCUAAUGUCCCUAGAAGUGUUCCUGGGUGAUUGAGCCAACCAAACAUGUGAACCGACCUCUUCCUCCUCUCCAAACAAAUAAGAAAUAGCAGCAUGUACAAAGCAGCAUGUAUUAGCUAUUAACUAGCAUCUUAGCUGGCAUUUCUUUGCAUGAUAGUCAACAGGACACUAGAUUUGGUGUUAACCCUGAUUUGUCUUCUAAUUUUUCAUUUUCUACUGAACGCUGGUGUACUAAACCUUUCUCAAUCUAUUUUCUGAGCUUUUUAAGUGCAUAAAACUAUUUUUGUCUCGAGACGACAUAACGAAGAUAGACGAGAGGCUGCCUUUGAUAUUGAUGAUUAUGACAAGGAGGAUGAUGAUGAUGAACAUGUAAUGAUGAUUCUAUAGCAUGCUUUUAUAUGGAGCUCAGUGUUGUCAAUCCAGAGUGGUUUACUUCUAUACAUACAGCAGAGAGAGGAUCACCUCAAACCAUAAGCAUUUCCAGUGACUCCUGCUCAACUGAACUUGCAUGUGGGACUUGGGGGGGGGAAAUCCUAACUUCCACUUAAGUACAUUUUUUAACAUAUUAUUGCAUUUGAUGUCACUGGUACUGUAGACUAAGUGGACAUUUUACUUACAGGAAAUGCAUAAUCUCAAACGGCAACAAUCAAAUAUAGUAGAACACGGAGUAGGCCUAGAUAGGCUCAAAGAUGCCCUCUGGUGGUUAGAAUGAGCAUUAAAGUCAUGCACUGCGACGUACUGAUUCCUAGCCACAGCAUACUGCACAAUAUACACACUGGACUAUGUUGAGUUAAUUUUGGAAACGUUUUAAACAAUAGGAAUACAAAGUGCAUCCAUCCAGUGACUAGACCACCUGUACUGAAAACACUGAGCUAGUAUCUCCGUAGUAUUUAUUUAACUCUUCCUAGUCCCUCUGUUUAAAAACUUUAUUCAAUAAUUUCUCUGCAGUUGGGUCUUAGUUUUGUUUUUGUCAGUUUGGGUUUCUUCUGUAGAAUACAUUUAUCCUAUAUUUCUCUGAUUCUUCUGAUUAUUGUGCUACCCCAAUGUGCUACAUGUGUUUCUCAAACUUAAGGAAAUGUGUUAAGGUGUUAUCAAUAAAAUGACAAUUUAAAUAAAAAUAAGUUAAUGAUCAUCUUAAUGAUCAGA